UAUUUGUUUCUGCGCAUGACUUUAUUUGAUAUUUUCUCAAGAAAACGGUAUAUACAAGAACAAAAGCAUACGCUUUUCAUUUCAUUCAUAAAAUACUUAUAGUCUUCUUCACGUUCUUAAAUAAUGGAAAGCUUUUAAAAAUUAUCGCAAAGAAUAAAUAUUUCAACAUCCACAUAAACAAACGAAGUAACGAAAACACAUUCAUCAAAGUCAAAGUAUUAGUCGGCGGGGCUUCAAAAGAACCUGAAAGUAAAGCAGGAUGAGAUCUGACUUGUGGAUCUUCUAUAAAACUUGGCAUCAAAAGUGCAUUCCUUUUUUUUGUUCUUGGACGAUGAAUCGCAUCUUUCUUAAAAUGCAUAAUUGCAUAAUUGGAAAAUACCAAAAAUGCAGGAAAAAAGACUACCACGAAUUUAAGUAUAUAUCAAUCCGAUGCAAUUUAGAGAAGCGAUAAUAAAUUUGGUGACCAGUCCGGAGUUCUAAUAUAACAACACAAAAAUGCAUUGCAGCCGCAUAUUGAUCAAAUAUAUACAAUUUGAUGUAUUGGUAAUUUUGGCAACUAUUAGGAUUGGAAAUGCCAAUUAUCUAGGUGCUCGUAGCCGAGAGAGAAAUUUAAAUAAUAACAACGGAGUUAAAACUGAAGAAUCAGCACAUAUCGUAAAUUCCGGUGAUGUAAGGACAGUAGGGGAAGUUUUUGUGCCAAAAACAUUUUCCCUUAACUCACAGGAGCCAACAUGCGAACAGCUUCGCGCCAUGUGGAUCUUUUCCAAAAGGCAAUCCCGAGCUGCGGAAAUCACGAAUGAAAUACCAACCUAUCGGGAUCCCUUUACUUAUAAUGUUUGGGAACCUCUUUUAUUGAACUCACGAAUGCUCGGAUCACUAAGGAUGAGUGCGAGGGAAAGAGCUAGGUCACCCGUUUUUGGCCGUGUUGUCAACCGAGAGCCAAAUACACCACAUCGCAUUCCAUUUGAGCACCAUCAACGAUUGGUCGAAUUUGGAUCCAGUAGUCCUGGUUCAAGUCAAUCUCGUUAUUACGGAGCUGAAACGCGACCGCAAACCGGAGCUUCUUCCUCAUCACGUAGAUCAAGUAAAAAUCGCUACAUGGGAGUCCCAAACGGUACCGGCAAUAAUGCUAAAGAAAGUCAAAACUCAGUUGCUAUACAAGGCAGUUUUCAAAAGCUCAAAGAGCUAAUAUGGACUGAAAGGGCUAAGGAAUUAACAGAGCAACGUAGAGACGAGGAGUUGGCUGCCCGUGCUGCUGCUCUCAAAGAAAUAGCUAACGGGAAAAACGUUCUAGCGAACUAUAAUCCUCAAGCGGGUAGCUCUUCUGAUUCGAUAUUAAUGGAUGAAAACAGAAGCCCUGACGGAAAUAGUUACCAAUAUAGCGAUGUAAAUCGCAUGUCAAUUCUUAAUGAGCAAAAUUUUCAAAGCGAUAAAGGUAAUAAAAAUGGGCAAAGGACUGGCGCCAGAGCAACCACACGCCGCAUCGGCAAUUCCGCUUCUUACAAUAAAAAAGAAAGUCAAGCUAAUAAAGAACUAAAAACCUUAUUUCCUGGAAAUAAUCGAGCAGCCCGCAUUAAAAUUCCAGCAACAGAACUUUUUGCAAGUGAUUCCACCGAAAGAGAUCAUUCCGUUAUUGGUAUUCCGAGGACAUACCCAAUAAGAAAAUCACACUUCAGGGAACGAAAUCGAUCACUUUUGAAUGAGCCGCAAGUUAAUAAUCACUUCCAUCGCUUCCUGAGAGGAAUAACGACAUGGCCUUUUAAAAAGUCAACACAAGAAAUAGACCAAAGUAAAUUGACUUCUAAAGGAAACGUGCUAAGCCGCCAACUUAAUAUACUCGGGCAUUACAAUAAGCCGAAAGAUGACAAUUAUUAUGCAUCUUUAGAGAAUUACGAUCAAUUAAAAGCGUUGAAUGAAGCAAAACCAGAAACUGAGGAUUUUGAGCUGGGAUUAUACGAAUACGAUAAUUAUUAAAUAAUUUGUGGUACCUCCUAAGUCCCUAUUAUGAUUGUGAAAACAAUGAGUCUCUUUAUUAUAAAUUGAAUGUCAUCUAAGUUAAUUUAAAUCUAAAUUGUAAAUACAUUUGAAUGUUAAUCAGAGUGUAGAUGCAUACAUAACUGACAAUUUUUGCCACUUUGAUUAAUGCAUUUUAGAAACUUACUAGUUUACGACGAAUUUAAAUUAAAUGUCUUUAAAUUGGUUUUACGUGGUAUCAAAAGUCCAAUAGAUGACAGUGACUAUCAGCAUACUAUUUUCGGAUUAAACGACGAAUGAUUAAGCAUCAUUAUUGAUAUUAUGUAACAAAUUUACAGAAAUUUGAAAAAAAUUCACAUAUCAGAAUGUGUAUGGCCUGGGGAAGUAUUCAAAUCGUGCGUCUUUAUAAUUUUCGAUAUAACCCAAUUAAAUAUUUUCAACUAUCUAUUUCAAUAUCAAACAAAAAAUUGAAGGUUUAAUAAUUUAACAAAUUUUUGAAAGUUUAUAUAAUCACUUUUUCAUAUAUAGUCCAGACUUUUAUUUACAAAGCCUGGCGUGUGUCUCGGAUGUUAAAUCUAAAUUAUUUCCACUGUUAGAGAUAGAUUUGGAAACACAUCAGAUUUAAAAAAAUCAGUCGGAUAUUUUUUAUUUCUUUAAUUUUGAGUAAAUAUUAAAAAAAUAAAGAUGCACACAACAACUCAAGCAGACCUACGGAUAUCUGAUAGGUUUUUAUGAAAUGUGCAAAAUGACUGUCGCACGGUGUAAAAACUUUGGUCAUAUAGCAUACAUAUAUUUUUCGAGAGAUAGCAUGUUUACGUACCUAGGUAAUGUUACGUUUGGAAUUCAACUUACAAAAUGCUUCCAACCAAUAACAAUCAAUUGCAUAUAAGAUAUUAUGGGCGUAUUCAGUCAAUAUCAUGCUAAAGAAUUCCAAUUUCACGGAAGUACCUACUUAAAAGUUACGUAAAACUAAAGUUUACUAAUCAUUAACUGAAAACAUAUCACGAUCUAUAAGUAGACAUUACUUUUCAGAUACAUAAAGAAAUAAUAUAAACCUAUUUCAACAAGAAACCAAAACUGGAUGUCAUUCAAAUUCAUCUUAUUCAGAUUUUUGUACUUAUUUACUAAAACAAAUGUUAGCCGAUGAAUGCAAUACAAUCAGCAUUAAACUAUUUAAACUGACAGUUAUGGUUUGCGAAUACGGCAUUGUGCGCAUAAUAUAAAUUACCAUGCCUUUUUCUUUUACAUACAUAACUAUUUUCAAAUUGUGCCAACAAUCGUUAAGAAUAAUAACUUAUGUAACUUUAAUGUCUAUAACUUGGAGAUCGCUGCAAAUUGAUGCUAAUCAUAUUUAUUCAAUGAAAGUUUUUGAAUUGUCGAGUUUAGUUUGGCUAGGGGUUUAAGCUAGCUUACUAGAAAAGAUCUAUGCAAAAAUGCAUGUAAAAUUUAACAUAUCGAACUAUUAUACAAACUUUUAAUAAAAAUAUGUACUAUAUUGGCUUAUUACAAACUAUUGUAUAUGUAUAUACAGAAAAUCAUAGUAAAAAAAAUUGUGUAUGAUGAUAAUACUUGGUGAUGCGUUAAUUAGAUCACACCGCGUACCAGUGCUAGCUUUGAUCAAUCUGAAAUCACCUGGUGUUCAAAUCCAAUAACAUUAUUAAGUACCCUUAUAAUAAUUCACAAUAUUAUUCCUACAGAAUGCCCGCGUUCACCAGCACGACAUAACAAAAGGCAACUUAUAAAGAGUAAACCGUUUUAAUCAUUAUGAACAUAAUUUUUAAAAACAAGUUUUAAAAUAAAUAAAUUUGAUUGUUACCAUUUUUUGUUAAACUAAGCACAUUUAAGGAAAUGUAUGUCAAAAUUAAGAAACGCAUUAUUUUUUUGAAGACAGUGUGUAACAAAAUGAACCUUUAUUUACCUCAAUGGAUGCUCAAAAAUCUUAUUCGCUGUGAGUCACAAUUUUUGAACCAUUUUGAGACAACUUUUUGAUGUAACACAGUGUAGUCAUUCGAAUACUAAUACUGGUUAAAAAGGUAUGGGUAUGAAUAGUUAAUAAUCAACAGACACCGGAUUAUAGGAAAAACAGUAUAGGAAAAACAGUAUUCUUUUCAUUCGAAAUCAUCGAAAUAGUCACUAUUAUUUUCUGAUACAGUUUGACCCCCUGAAUUAGGAAAUGAAAAUCUAAUAUAUUAUUUAGUUUGGUUUGAUUCUAGCUAUAUCGACUUCAUUCAUCUGAAUUUUUAAGCCAAUCCUUAAAUUCUCAUGUAUGUUUUCCAAAAACUAAAAAUAUCUAAAUUACAAAAAAGUCCCAAUUUAGGUACACCGAUUUAACCAGAACUCAACAUAUAAAAUAAUAAUAACUGGUCAUGUCAUAAAAAAAAUAAAAAAUAUAGAUUUAUGUGUGCUGGUAAACGCAUGCAAUAUUAAUAUUACACUUGUAAAUGUUGUAGUGCUUGUAAUAAAUACAUAGAAAAUUUAUGUGUAAGUUCCGCGACAAUAAUUAGAAUUUUAUAACAUUAAAGUAUACAAACAGACAAUAAAAUACUUUACAACAAUAAAAAAAUAAAAUGUAUUUACGACAUGUAUAAGUCAGAAAUCAACAUUACUAAAAAUGUCCUGAAGUUGUCUACGCAUGGUUGGUGUUAGUAAAUCGAAAAUUGAAUACAUAAUUAAUUCAGGAAAAACGUUUAUUGUAAAAUAUGCUGUACAUUAUAAAUUUUAACAA